AUUUCAACCAAAAAAAACGGCCACCCCCUCCAAAGACUGGUCUUGAUUCUUUAGGAUCACUUAAAUCAGAUUUUCGAAUUAUCGUUCGUCAAGUUUCAAUGCUUUUUGUAAUAUUAUCGCUGCUUUUGUUAUCACACACCACCCAAUCAUGUAUGCGGAUGGUACCACCAGAUGAUGUAUCUAUAACUACACCGGUACCUACUGAUGAUCCUGACAACCCUGUAACGGAGCCGAUGGUAACUGAUCCAACUGCUCCAACUGCUCCCACAACAGAGGUACCAAUAUCAUCAACGGCGACUGAGCCUGUAACAACAGCGAUGCCGUGCCCAACAGACUGGAUGAUGUUUGACAGGCCCAGUGGAGCAUGGUGCAUGAAGGUGUUUAAAACCGAGAAGGUACUUCCUGGGAUUGCCGCUGAGAGGUGUGAAGCAGAGGGUGGAGUUUUGAGUGGAAUUCAAAAUCAAGAGGAAUUAGAUUAUAUAACAAACUCGUAUAGUGCAUUUGGUGAACCGUUUGAUGCAAUCUGGAUUGGAGCUCAAAGAACAACUGCAUGUUUGGCUUCAGUGCAAACCGCGACAUGUACUAAAGAUAAUUCUUUUGAAUGGACAGACAUGUCAACGACCGGCAUUGACGGAUUUCUAUGGAGUGGUGCAGACCCGAACAACGGAGGGCCUGCUCUCAAUGAACACUGCGUCAUCGCGUUCGUGGAUGGUCCCAGACUGGCUGAUAUAUCAUGCGCAAGAGAUUUUGACGGAUAUGUGUGUGGAACAGCGGCAGUAUAAAUUUCAAUACCGGUAUAUUAUCAUUUUUUGAUUUUCGCAUACUAGGCAAGAUUUCCAGUGGAAAAAACAAUAAGAAAUGAGAAACCA